CCCAGGAAGAGUGGAUGCUCCUUGAUGAGGCUCAGAGGCUCCUGUACUGCAAUGUCAUGCUGGAGAACUUUGCACUUAUAGCAUCCCUGGGGAGAGCCCUGGUUGCUUUACACAGUGGACAUUGUGAGAUGGUCUCAGAAGAGGCCUGGUCCUGGUGAAUGGCAACUGAGGAAAGGCAAGACGUCAUGGUUGUGUUCAAAUUAUACCAGGAACCUGCAGUGUGCCCAACUAUAUUUUGGUACAAGUGCCACUGGCCAUAACUCAUUUUUAUUUCCACUUCCUACACUUAAUACUUUGCCAACUUGUCUUAUCAUCUGUCACUUCCAGCUUCUGGCUACCUCCACCCUUGUGGCCUCUACACAUCACUUGUUCCUCUCCACUACUCUAUAGUGUUCUUUGGUUUGAUUCAGUGUUGUGAGGCAUGCACACAUCCUCAAAUAAUCCUUGAUCACCAGCUAUUUAGUUCCAGUUGGAUUUUCCUGGGACUGGACACCAGCAACCUGCAUGGCACACACACGCCAUUAACAGACAAGGUCCUGCUGAAGGCUUUUGGCAGAAAGUGAGUUGGAGACCCUGCUUCUCCUCACAUACAAUACCCAUCCUUGUGUUCUUUGUCUGGUGAGGUCUCCUCUAUUCUGUAAUCUUCAAAGGCUCAGUACUUCAAAGAAGCCUAUAUUUUUCAGUUUUCCCUCGGUUCUCUUGUUCUCCAUACAGUUCCACAGACUCAUUACUUGUAUCUCACACAUUUUUGUGAUAGAUUUUUUUUUCUCCUCCCACCAAAGUCAACAUGCAUUUCAUCAGCAUUUCUCUGAUUUCAGGUUAUUGCCAUGGAAUAGAGGAUGAGGUGAUAACCUCUGAGCAGAAUGUAUCUGUAGAGGGAAUGUCACAGGUCAGGAUUUCUGAGGCGUGUCCAUCUACCCAGAAGACUCAACUCAGUGAGAUGUGUGUCCUAGUCUCAAAAGACAUCUUGCAUCAGGUUGAGCACCAAACCACAUACCCUGUGCAGAAAUCACACUUGGAUGACACAAGCAUGAGAGGCUUCUGUUUCAGUGCAAACCUUCACCAGCAUGAAAAGCAUUACAGUGGAGAGGAGACCUGGAAAAGGGAUGUGGACAGGGCCAUGUUAGUGACAAGCUGCGGGUUCCAUGUGUCAACAAAUCCUUUCACUUGUGGGGAGGGCUUCCCAGCCAUCAUGGGCUCUCUCCAGCACCAGAUUACUCCCAAUGGUGAGGAGCCACACAGUAGAAGCAGCAAGUGUAUGCAAACAUUUUUCAGUGGAAGAAGUUACAAGUGGGAUGAAUAUAAAAAAGCCUCAAGCCACACACACACACUUGUUCAACAUCAGAGUGUCUGCUCUGAAGGUGAGCUUUAUAAGUGUAGCAAAUAUGAGAAAGCUUUUACCUUCAAGAACACUCUUGUUCAGCACCAGCAAAUUCACAAUGGAAAAAGGACAUAUGAGUGCAGUGAAUGUGAGAAAUCCUUUAGCAAAAAGUGCUACCUUAUUGUACACAAACGAAGUCACAAUGGAGAGAGGCUUUAUGAAUGCAGUGAAUGUGGAAAAGCCUUUAUCCAUAAAUACAAACUCAUUCACCACCAGAGAUAUCACACAGAAGGAAUGCAUUAUGAGUGUGGUGAAUGUAGGAAAUCCUUUAGCUACAGAUCCAACCUCAUUGAACACCAGAGAGUUCACACUGGAGAAAGACCUUACGAGUGUGGUGAGUGUGGGAAAUCCUUUAGACAAAGCUCUAGCCUCUUUCGACACCAAAGAGUUCAUACUGGAGAAAGGCCUUAUGAGUGCUGUGAAUGUGGGAAAUGCUUCAGACAAAUAUUCAAUCUCAUUCGGCACAGAAGAGUUCAUUCUGGAGAAAUGCCAUAUCAGUGCAGUGAUUGCGGGAAAGCCUUUAGCUGCAAAUCUGAACUCAUUCAACACCAGAGAAUUCACAGUGGGGAACGACCUUAUAAGUGCAGUGAAUGUGGGAAAUCCUUUAGACAGUUCUCUAACCUCAUUCGACACCGCAGUGUUCACAGUGGUGAUAGGCCUUAUGAGUGCAGUGAAUGUGAGAAAUCCUUUAGCCGUAAAUUUAUCCUCAUUCAACACCAAAGAGUUCACACUGGAGAAAGGCCUUAUCAAUGCAGUGAAUGUAGAAAAUCUUUUACCCGAAAAUCUGACCUCAUUCAACACAGGAGAAUUCAUACUGGCAUAAGACCUUAUGAAUGUGGUGAGUGUGGCAAAUCUUUUAGACAACGCUCUGGCCUCUUUCAACAUCGGAGAGUUCACACUGGAGAAAAGCCUUAUGAGUGUAGUGAGUGUGGAAAAUCUUUUAGCCAAAGUGCUAGCCUCAUUCAGCACCAGAGAGUUCACACUGGAGAAAGGCCUUAUGAAUGUAGUGAAUGUGGGAAAUCGUUUAGCCAGAGGUCCAGUCUUAUUCAACACCAUAGAGGUCACACUGGAGAAAGACCUUAUGAAUGCAGUGAGUGUGGAAAACCCUUUACCCACAAAUCUGACCUCAUUCAGCACCAAAGAGUUCACACUGGAGAAAGACCUUAUGAAUGCAGUGAAUGUGGGAAAUCCUUUAGUCGCAAAUCUAACCUCAUUCGACACCAGAGAGUUCACACUGAAUAAAGGCCUUAAAUAUGCAGGGAAUGUGCUAUUGCAUUAUUAAAUAUAAUAGCACUGGAGGAGACUGUGGAAGCCAUCUACCUAAAUUUAAACUUCAUUCACAAACAUCUAUAAUGGGGGAUUCUUCAUAAAUUUCAGGUAUAUGGGAAAUUUUGAGAUUAAUUGCAUUUUUUUAACUCUAAAAGCAACAAGAGAAAAUAAUUGCAAUUUCUAAUGUGCCCAGGGCCAUAGCCUGAUGUCAUUCCCAGUUUCUGAGGCUGAAGCCAUUUCACCUUUUCCACCUGCCAGGUCCACAUCAUGUGCUCAGAGAAGAAAACCGCUGUACUCUUCCAUUUGCUGGGAGAAAUUAUGAAUAGGCUAAGCCCUGGGGCAUGGGGCAGUCCUCAUUUCCUUUUCUCUGACUUUAGGUCAUGGACCUAACCCAGUUUUGGUCCAAAGGACUUGAUCUGAGCUGUAUUGUCAGCUCGCUAAGAAGGAUUAACUUUUUCAGGAACAUUGUUGGUCUCACAUCAUGCUUGUGAUGAGAUUUUCCAGCUUCUAAUUCACCAGCCUAGAAACUGCUUGGUGCACAUUGCUCUGGUAUAUGAUCCUUUUAUAAAGGUUUUGAAAACUUAUUCACCUUUAAUCUUGGGGGUUCUAUUCAUUGUGUGGGGUGACUGUUAAGCAGAAUAGUGAUGUGAGCAUGAAGGAGUGAACAGAUUUUGUGGAGAUCCCUAAUUUUCUGUGCUUCAGAAGAGAUAAUGUGAUGGCAGAAAACAGCUCUCUGUCCAGUAUUAGUCUAAUUUACAUUGUUGCCCAAAGCCUCAAGGUAGAGACUACGAAGCUUUGUUUUCCUAUUUUGUGGCCUAGUACCAGGAUUUUUGUGAGAUCAGAGGACACUGUGAAAAGGAGGCAGUUGUGACAACACCCAGUGCUUCUAUGAACAUAAAUUUUGUUCACUGGUUCACAAGUGAUAUCAUAUAAUUUCUAGCAUUGUUGAGGGGGAACUCUUCCCCAGGCCCUGCAAAGGAGCCAUGUGCCAUGAUACAUAGGACUGUAUAGGCUAGUGUCAUUUGUUGUUAGACUACAGGGGUCACAUGCAACUCUAAUUGGUACAGAAAUUCUGGGUUAAUAGGGAGUGGAGGAGACUCAAUAAAUUAGAUGGAAUGUGCCUCUUCUAAAAGGUCAUCCACAGAUGUUCCAGUGAAUAUGGCUGUAUGGGGUCUGCGUUUACAGAAAUUCUCAGGAUCUCUAUAACUGUAUUUCCUGUAGCUGAAAUCAUUGUCAGAAAAUAAUCUAAAGGUUUUGUGGCUUCGUGUAGUAGCUUCUCUGGCCUGUUCACCUCAAGGCCAUUGUUACUGAGGUAGGACAACAAGAAUAGAGAGGAUGAUUCUGUAGUCCAGGGAUAUGGUUUGUGACUCAGCCAAUAUUCCUGUUGAUUCAGGUGGCAACAGCCUUCAUUACUUACCAAUAUUUGCUGCCACCAAGAUAAAAUUGCCUCUUCCAGGGCACGAAGAAAGAUGGUGGAGUCCAUAUGAGGUCACCAACCUGACUUUCAAAAAAAAGUGGGACAUUGGGUUAUUAAUUUUGAACCACUUUGUAAAUCUUUAUGAAAUAUAUAAUUUAUAUAAUUAAUAUGCAACUAAGUGCACUUAUAUUUCUCAUUUAUAGAAAUAUAAUUUGGUUUACGUUAUUGACCUGACAUGGUAAGUUUGUUAAAAUGUUAUAAAAUUUCUAGUUUUUUAAUUUUUAUGUAGAUCAUUACAUAAUCUCUGAGAAAUUGUAGUUUUGUGUUACUGUAGUACUUUUUUCUUUUUUGAGACAGAGUCUCACUUUGUUGCCCAGGCUAGAGUGCCAUGGCGUCAGCCUAGCUCAUA